ACAAUCAAAGAUGUUCAAAAGCAAAAUCAGUUUCUUCUCUUGUCUUCUUGCUCUCUCAACACUCUCGCUAAUAAUCAUCUUAGGCCCUUCAAACCCUUUUACGGUCAUUAAACCUACGCAAGAAAAUUCUGCGAAUGAGAAAUACUAUUGUGAUUUGUCUGAAGGCAAAUGGGUGGGAGAACCAAAAGGAUCACUCUAUACAAACUCGACAUGUAGAAUGUUGCCCGAAAUGAAGAACUGUGUCAAGUAUGGGAAGGAUAAAGGGUAUUUGUAUUGGAAGUGGAAGCCUGAGAGGUGUGAGCUGCCGAGGUUCGAUGCGAUGGAGUUCUUGAGGGUUGUUAGAGGGAAGAAGAUGGCGUUUGUUGGGGAUUCUCUUGCUCGGAAUCAGAUGGAAUCACUGUUGUGUCUCCUCUCGCAGGCAGAGUCUCCAACAGACACUUACAAGGACCCAACCGACAAGUCCCAAACAUGGCACUUCCCCUCUCACAACUUCACCCUCAUGGCCAUCUGGUCACAAUUCCUAGUCCACGCCACAGAGACAACCACCACCAUCAACAUUAAUGCAACACUUUCAAACACAUUCAACCUCCAUCUGGACAAAGUCAACCCCAAAUGGUCAACUGAUCUACUCCCUCACCUCCACUUCAUCCUAAUCUCAGCCGGCAACUGGUUCUUCCGUCAAAACUACCUUUACCUCAACGAAACACUAAUCGGGUGCAUCUGGUGCAAUGACAAAAACCUGACAGGUUUCGACGCACAAUUCGCUAUACGAAAAGUUUUCAGAACUACACUGCAGUUCAUAGCAAGUUGUGAGGAGUGUGACGAUGGGCUCGUUACUUUGUUGAGGACCUUUUCGCCCUCUCAUUUUGAGCAUGGGUCAUGGUUCACUGGUGGGUAUUGUAACAGGACUCAGCCUUUGGAUGAGGGGGAGUUGAGAUUUGAGAGGAGCAAAGAAAUGGAGAUUAGAGGGAUUCAGUUGGAGGAGUUGGAGAGAGUUAGAGGGAAGAAGAGGAGGUUUGAGGUUUUGGACGUGACAAAGGCAGUGAUGCUUAGGGCUGAUGGGCAUCCGGGGGAGCACGUGAAUAGGAAAUGGACCAACAGUUCUAUUAAGGAUUGUUUGCAUUGGUGCUUACCGGGGCCUGUUGAUAUGUGGAAUGAUGUUUUAUUGCAAACUAUUAAGACUUGAUUCUUUAUUUGGUAUGCAUUAGUAGGAUUUGGAUCCUCUCCACUACAAAAAAGUAGUGGAGAGACCAUUGCUUUUAAUCUUAAUCGUUGAUUAUUUA